CAGAAAUGCUGGAAGGGGCAAUUGAAACCGCUCUCCAGGAUCUGGCCAGGGAUUAUUUUUUCCUCUUUUGUGUGCACUUCACAUGUGAUCAAACCCGUAAUGUGGCUCCUAAUGCCGUGGUGUAUCAGAAAGAUCCUGUGACCAAGGUCAUUUUGGACAUCAUGGAGAGAUGGUACAUGUUUCCGGUCCCCUUCAAAGUAUUGAAAAGGGGAAUGAAUGACGUCAUCUGCCUCACCUUCGUGAGACCAGCAUAUGCGGUUGUUAGGAAAAGGGCCAUCAUCCGUGGGAUGCUUUUUCCCAUUGUUCACAUUCCUGGACUGAGCAAUCCUGACAGGGAGGCUCUCAAGCAGCUGUUUCAUGCAAUUGUGAGGCGCCUGCUGACUGAGGACCCAACCGCUCAGUGCCUAAGAACCCUCUUGGAAACGCUGACCCAUUUUUUCAAUUCAGAUGAUGUGCUUGAAAGAGCGCUGGCUACCAGCAGUAUCAACAUCCUGCUGGCAAACGCUCUGAAAUACAAUCAUCUGACUCCCGGGGUCAUAAUAAGGGUUCUCCCCGAGGAGCUCACUCCACUGUUCCUAAACAUCAGCGAAGCGGACAUCCAGGCUGUGAUUCAGGAUGUGUUCCCACCACUGAAUGAGGCGUACUGAAUCCUAUUCCCAAACCAGAUUGAUGUGUGUGGUGAAGAAGGAAUCAUUGUCUGGUGUUAUCUGAAGACAUUUGUCAUUAUCUGAGGGUGUUUGUCAUUAUCUGAGGGCGUUUGCCAUUAUCUGAGGGCACUUACUAUUAUCUGAGGGCAUUUGUCAU